AGAAGAAGACAACUAGGAAGCGUCAGCAACUGGUCAGCAAGUACUUGAUUUGAAUAUGGCUACUGGAGUGGAUCAAGCAGCAGGCAUGAGCCUUAUUGUCUUCAGUCUUUUGCUGUUUACGUACUAUUCUAUUUGGGUCAUUGUUCUGCCUUUCAUGGACAGUGAUCAUGUAUUACACAAGUAUUUUCUUCCACGAGAAUACUCAGUAAUUCUUCCUGGCAUUGCUGCAGUAGUACUGCUCCUUUGCGUAGGAGCCUUCACUGCUGUAGUCCUUUGGAAGAAUAAGAAUCCCAAAAAGGUUAACUAAUCUCAAAAUGGGACUUUUGUCGUCGUCGGUGACACUGAUACGUGACCGUUCAGUGUAAAGUCUGGAUGAGAGUGCUCAUUGGAUUAUUACAGUAUGACGUACGUAAAAACUACUGUACUGUGUGGGGACUGAUAAUUGGUUGUGUGCAACGUAGUAAUUACAGUAAUUUUCGCACUAUAAGGCGCACCUGACUAUAAGCCGCCACCCACCAAAUGCGACACGAAAACGGCAUUUGUUCAUAGAUAAGCCGCACUGGACUAUAAACCGCACCUGUCCUCACUGUAUUAUGGGACAGUCACGCCAAAAGAUAUUAACCGGUAACGCUUUAUUUGACAGCAGCAUCAUAUGACUGUCAUAAGACCAAAUGGACCAACAUGAAGCUUUAAACCAAUUGGCUGCAAAGCUUUAUUGCUUCAAGAAGCUUCAUUUGGCCAUCACUGCUCCCUUGGGGGAGACAGUCAACCUCUUCUGCCACCUGCUGUCAACACUGUUGUUGUCCAACAUGCCUCCUAGCAUGAAUUGCAGCGCUACAGAUGUAAAUAAAUCCAAAAUUCAUGUUCUGUGCUAAUUAUUCAUUUGGUUACUGUUCCAGUUGUUUCAUUAAUUGCUAGUCAUGGUAUUUGGUAACCCUUUAUUUGACAGUGGCGCCACAAGACUGUUAUUAUACAAUCAUAACUAUGACAUGACAUGACAUGUCAUGAGCUUUAAUGAAUGCUUAUAACAGAUGCCAUUUAGUGUUAUCAGGCAAAUUAUCUCACUUUUGAAUGGAUGUAAAAGAUCCAAACUGGACAUAAAUUGGAUUUAGUAACAUAAUUUGCCGGAUGACACUUAAUGACAUCUGUCAUAAGCAUUCAGUAAUGCCCAUGAUAGUGUCAUGUCAUAAAUAUGACCGUCUUAUGAUAGUCUUAUGACGCGAUUGUCAAAUAAAGUGUUACAAAAUACCAUAACAAGGAAUUAAUGAAACUACUAGAACUGUAACUGAAUAAAUAAUUAGCACAGAACAUGAGUUAUGAUUGUUAUUUACAUCUGUAACGCUGCGAUGCAUACUUAGAGGCAUGUGUUGCCUAUUGACCAAAAUAAAUUAACAAAUAAGCCGCACUGGACUAUAAGCCGCAGGAUUCAAAAUAAAGGAAAAAAGUAGCGGCUUAUAGUCCGAAAAUUAUGGUAACCGAGAAAUCAGGGAACCUAAAAGAUGUUAUGAAAAUUAGAUUAUUUUGGGUUCACUCAUUAAUCACAUUCAGCCACAAAUGUUGAGAUAAUGCAUUGGAACAGGACAAUGGAGUCAAGAAAAAGAAAUUCACAAUACACAUACACAGUGGUAUGAAAAAGUAUCUGAACCUUUUGGAUCUUCUCACAUUUCUGCAUAAAAUCACCACCAAAUGUGAUCUGAUCUUUGUCAAACUCACACAGAUGUAAAAACUGUCUGCUUUAACUAAAAUCACCCAAACAUUUAUAGGUUUUCAUAUUUUAGUGAGGAUAGCAUAUUCAAUGUCAGAAGUGGGAAAAAUAAGUAAGUGAACCCUCUGCCUAAGGAGACUUAAAGAGCAAUUGAAACCAAUCUUUACUAAAUAAUUUAAGUCAGGUGUGUGCCCAAUCACUGAUAAGUGGUUUAAAGCUGCCCUGCCCACUAUAAAACACACACCUGGUAAGAAUUGUCUUGAUGAGAAACAUUGUCUGAUGUGCAUCAUGAGAUCAAGGAUUAUUGAUUUGUAUAAAGCUGGGAAAGGAUACAAAACCAUCUCUAAAAGUCUGGAUGGUCAUCAAUUGACAGUCAGAGAAGUUGUCUACAAAAGGAGAGAGUUUGGCACUGUUGCUUCUCUCCCAAGGAGUGGCCGUCCACCAAAGACGAGGCCAAGAGUUCAGCGCAGAGUUCUCAGAGACGUAAAAAAGAACCCCAGAGUGUCUGCUAAAGACUUACGGAAAUCACUGGCACAGUGCAAUAUCUCAGUGCACACAUCAACUAUAUGUAAAACUAUGGCCAAGAAUGGUGUUCAUGGGAGGAUGUUACGGAGGAAGCCAAUGUUGUCUAAAAAAAACCCAUUGCUGCUCAUUUAAUGUUCGCAAAAAGGCACUUGGAGACUCCACAGAAGUUUUGGCAAAAUAUUUUGUGGACUGAUGAAACCAAAGUUGAAUUAUUUAGGAGUAACACACAACGUCAUGAGUGGAGUAAAAAUGGAACAGCUCAGCAACAUCAACACCUCGUCCCCAGCAUGAAGCAUGGUGGAGGGAGCAUCAUGAUUUGGGGCUGUUUUGCUACUUCAGGGCUUGGACAACUUGCAAUCAUUAAUGGAAGAAUGAAUUCAAAAGUUUAUCAGGGUUUUUUGCAGGAAAACCUGAGGCAGUCUCUCGAACAGUUAAAGCUAAAAAGAGGAUGUAUGCUGUAACAAGACAAUGAUCCAAAACACAGAAGUAAAUCAACUUUAGAAUGGUUUCAAAAGAAAAAAAUACACGUUCUGGAGUGGCCAAGUCAAAGUCCAGACUUGAACCCCAUUGAAAUGUUGUGGCAUGACCUAAAGACAGUGAUUAAUGCCAGACUUCCCAGGAAUCUGACUGAACUACAGCAGUUUUAUAGAGAUGAAUGGGCCAAGAUUAUUCCUGAUCAAUGUGCCAGACUGAUCUGCAGCUACAAAAAGUGUCUGGUUGAAGUUAUUGCUGCCAAAGGGUGGGCCACAAAAUAUUAAAUGUGAUGGUUCACUUACUUAUUUGUCCCCCUUCAGUCAUUGUUUGCAUACUAUCCUCAUUAAAAUAUGAAAACCUAUAAAUG